CUCACAUAGGUCUAAGCAACUGACUGCAAGGAAGGAACUCGAACGACAUCAAAGGACUUUGAAUACUUAUUAUUAUUACAACAUAUUGGGCUCUGAUCUCCCAACAAUUUAUAAUUCCUAAGGUUUAAAUAUAUUUUCUAUUGUUAUAGGCAUAUUUUGCCUAAUUUACAAAACGGUAACUGUUUGACCUGCGUUAAAUAUGCCUUCAGAGAAGACAUUCAAACAAAGGAGGACAUUUGAGCAAAGGGUAGACGAUGUGAGACUGAUUCGAGAGCAACACCCCAACAAGAUCCCGGUAAUCAUUGAGAGAUACAAGGGAGAGAAGCAGCUGCCCAUCCUGGAUAAAACCAAGUUCCUGGUUCCUGACCAUGUCAACAUGAGCGAGCUGAUUAAAAUCAUCAGGAGGCGACUCCAGCUGAAUUCCAACCAAGCCUUCUUCCUGCUGGUGAACGGCCACAGCAUGGUCUCCGUGUCGGCAGCCAUCGCUGAGGUGUAUGAGCGCGAGAAGGAUGACGACGGCUUCCUCUACAUGGUGUAUGCCUCGCAGGAGACUUUUGGAACUAUUGUCCGCCAGUAACCACUCUCCACACCAUGCCAGCCCUCGGACAAUGAUUCCCUAAAUACAGGCCCUUCCUUCAACCCUUGCUUUUUCACAACCCUAGCCAAGACAAUAGGAAACCAGACAGACCUCUUCUUCCCUACGCUUAAGGGCCCUUUAUAGAUAUUAAAAGUCAUGUCCUGCGCCUCCUCAUACUCUGGCCCUAUCUAUUACUGAACGCCUCUCCCCAUACCUCCAACCAAGUGUUUAGGAAAAGGGAUUAAGUAGUUAUGUUUGGGUUGUUCACUGUAUACGGUGGAUUAGUAUAGCAGAGAUGAUUGUCUGUUCGGUUUGAGUUGCCACGCACAAGACUCAAACACUUCACAGCUUAAAUGUCUGCUUUAGUCCAUCAUGGUUGAGUUUGGUUACAGAAAUCCCCAGCUUUUCACUGGCAUCAGUUGAGUUUCGCUAAACUUGAAUGAGCUUGGUCUUUUGGAUGAAGCUUCAAUCACAAAAGCUGCUGAGGGAUUUGGUAACAGUUUAGUUGAAGCAUUGAAUCCAAUAUGACUGACAUGGACAUAUUACUGCCACAAUAACAUGUGUUUUAUCAUGCGGUAAAGUCUCCAAUAAAGGGUGACUCAGGCCAACCGCUGUGACAAAAUUACUGUUUCUACUUCCUCUUAGUAUUUCCUUUUGCAAGCUGGAUGAAUAUUCUAGGCAAACUAUAGGCUUUACUGUACAGUAUUCACACACGUUUACAAGGCAACAUUUUUAAUGCGUUCAGUUUGGCUAUUAAUCUCUCCGUGUGGCUGUUAAGCAAAUUUAUAAGGCUUCAGAGAUCAUUUUACAUUGCUCCAUACUGAAAUUAAUUUGUUUUUAUUUCCCUGCCUGUCUCUACCUAAACGAUAUAUGACCGACUCCUUGUUAAAAAAAAAUGCUAUGCUAAAGAAAACCCGCUAUGAUGAUUGUAAAAAGAAAUAUGCCUCAGUGUGUACAGAUAUUGGAAACAUAAAAGGAAUAAAUCAACUAACCUUGAACACUAUGAUAGGUGAGAGUAUGAUGAUCACAUGUGUGAAAGGGUCAUUGAUGUGGGAUAAUGUUGAUGUCAGAAGUAGGAUGUGGGGUUGGUGGCUGGUGUGGACUGGGCCAGCAUUAUGGCUGGGUCAGUCCACCAACCAACUAUUCGUCACUUCCCCUCCUGGAUCCACACCUGCCCUGGGGCUCUGGAUAGAGCAGAUCCUGGGGUGAUUUCACGCUUUUGUUUAAUAGAGGGAUAUUUACGCCUUUAUAAUGUGUGCUGUUGUACUCUCCCCUCUUGCUGUCCUCUCAACUGUUAAAAGGUUACGAUGCCUUUUUGUCUCCACAUUUUUGACAAUUAAUCAUUCUUUUGUUUGUAUUUAAUGUGAUAAAAUUUCCUUGUACAAAUGUUCAUAUGCGAUAUGUGUAUGUAAUAAAUAAGAAUAAUGCUAUGAUCAGUU